CAUUUCAAUAAAUUUAAAAUUGAUUGCCAUAGACUGAUCAUUUCAAUAAAUUUAAAAUUGUUAGCCAUAGCUCCUUUUGGUGAAGUGAAAACUGGUUCUAGUCAACAAUGGGUCCUAUAGUUGCUUUGCUUCUGAGCGUUGUUGCUUUAAGUAAAGCGAACGCACCACAAAAUGAACUUUUUACAAUUGGAAAAGAAGUUGUAUUCAAAUAUGAAUCACAUGUUACCGUACAAACAAAUCAACCAGCAUCAUACGCUUCAUUAUAUGGACUUCAAGCUGAAAUUUAUAUUCAAAAGACUAAAGAAGACACAUUAAUGGUUCGUUUGGAUAAAAUCGUAUUUGAUCUCGAAAAUGGUCCUGUACGAGUAAAUGUUACUACCGAUGUCUACGUCCCAAUACCAACAGAAGCUGAAGCACUUUCACUACCAUUCGCGAUUAAGUACGACAGUAACAAUCUUGUAACGGCUGUGAUUGUCGAAUCAAAUGACAAAGAAUGGUCCUACAAUAUUAAAAAAUCACUUGCAUCAAUCUUCCAGUUUAACAGUGAAGUAUUAUCAACAUUUGACCGAAAACAAAGUCACAUUGAAUAUUCAAGAGAACAAACUAUUUACGGUUUAUGCAACGUUACAUACGAUGUGCUACCUCGUGAAGACCAUGUUACUGUUGUUAAAACCGUCGAUCCAAAACAGUGUGGAAAUGAUUACAAUUCAAAACUAAACACCGAUGUCUUCGACGUUGACUCCAAUAGGAUAUAUAAAAUAAACAAAAAUGAUAACAAAGGUCGCGUAGAAAUGAUUGAAGCACGAGGUGAUAUUGUCUUCGCAGAAUUUAAAGCAACCGCUGAAAUGAAAUCACUUAAAGUACAUCAACGAUUUAUGUUUGUUAAAGAAGAUGCAAUCACCAAUCCACUUGUAAUUAGCAAUCAAUUGGUAUUAAGUUCACUUAAAUAUGAAGAUUCGCUUUCAAAAUGCCACAAUGUAUCAAUAGUUGACAUCACUGGAGGACGUGCCAAAUAUAAUAAUGAUGUACCAAAAAUUUUAACUUUGCUAGAGCAACUUUUAGAUUCACUACACGAAAAUCAACUAACGUUAACAAAACCCGAUUAUAAAGUGCUCCAUCUUUUACAAAAUUUGUAUGAAAUAUUAGAAAAUUUUGAUUUGCAUACAUUGGAACGUACUUGCUCUGCGUCACAACAAAAAUCGCAAAAUGUGUUUGACUUAUUCGUUCAGCUAUUACCUAAUAUUCAAACACAUCCUUCAGCCAUGUUGCUCCUUAAUUUAAUUCGUAAAAAAAAGAUUAGUGAUUCAAUGGCUGUAAGAGCACUUCGUGAUUUUCCAGCUCGUGUGCGUUGUCCAAACGAAAACUUAUUAAAACAACUUGAAGAUAUGCUUAAACUUGAUAAAGAAGGUAGUCGUGUUCAUGUUGCUAGUGUACUUGCUUACGCUUCAUUAAUAAAGCGCACAUACUUAGGAGUUGAUGAAAAUUCAAUCGUCCUUGAAAAAUUCAUAAAAUUAUUUAUGACAAAAUUAAUAAAUUCCCGAUCUUACAAAAUUCAAGUGCUUUAUCUACAUGCUUUAGGAAAUCUUGGAAUGGAAUCGGUAAUUUAUACUUUAGCACCAAUCCUAACCGGUGAAAUGGAAGUUAGAUUCAAUUUACGUUCUUUAGCUUUAUGGGCAGUAGCUCCAUUACUUCAAAAAAAUUCCAGCUUAAUGAUUAAAUACAUUUGGCCAAUUCUUAGUGAUCGUAAAUUAGACGUUAGUUUACGAAUAGUUGCUUAUGAUAUUUAUAUACGAACCGAAAACCCAACAUUAAAUCGAUUCAUGCAGCUUUAUUGGUUAAUGCGUGACGAAACAAAUGAACACUUCUACAAUUUCCAUUACAAUACAUUGGUAACAAUUACCCAACUUCGAUACUUUCUGCAUGGUGAAAAUCAAAUUGUUGAAAUCGCUCGUGCUAUGUUACGAAUGAGUCGUCGCCCAUUUAUUAAAUAUGAAAAUGUAGGUAUUUUUGUGCAUGACUUCAUUGAUAAAAAAUCUGGGCUUGGUGCAAAAGUUGAUAAUUUAUAUUCCUUUGAACAUCACGUCGAUAUUCGUACAAGAAUAAUGUCACGUGCUUCUGGUUAUGAUACAGAAAUAUUUUCCUUACAUUUUGCUAUACCAGACGAUAAUGAAUCUAAACUUUUUAAUUCCAAACGAUACGCAGCAGAUUAUCAUGAACUCAUUGUUAGGCGGGAAGGUAGAGUUUUCAUGAUUUACGUCGGGGAUUCACUGAAUGCGUUCUCCGAUACUACUUUAGAUUUGGGAGUUAACACUGGAACUAACAAACAUAGUAAAAUUCUUGAAAUUCCUUACUUAUAUGAACGAAUUAUGCCAACCGAUUUUGGAGUACCGGUUCGAAUGUCUGAAUUACUGGCACAUAUCCUAACUAUUUAUUUUAAAGGUGAUAACAGUGAAAAGAAAAUAGAUUUUGAAAUAAAGUCUUUGACUUUUCAUAAUCUAAGAUUCAAUAUUUAUAAUCCAAUCAACGAUUUAUGGCAUGGAAUUGAACAAAAUAAACAUAUUUUUGUCCAGUUUGGAAUCAGUAUUUCAAAUGGAAAAAACGACAGCGAUGUAGGCAAAGAAGUAAUUCUUAAAAUUAAUAAAUUAAGUAAUGGUGCUGUUAAUGGAUUACAAGUACACACCGAAAAUGUUGCUUUUAUCAGAGGAGAAAAUGCACAAGAAUUACUUAUACAAUCCCAUAAAGAUAGCUUAGUUCGUAGAUCGGUUAUUCGUGGAGAAGACUAUACUACUAGUACUGUGGUUUAUAAUACAGAAAGCAAUACACUUGGGCAUCAUGUUGAAGUAAAAGUAUUCGACUGCGAUCGUGAUGUAUCUCGCGGGGGCUUAAUUACACGUCUACAAGGAACCAAAAGUAAUAGUUAUGGUUAUCUCACUUUUGAAUUUUUACGUUUAUACUUAACAACAUUAUUCCCAAAUGGUUAUGGAAGUUGCGGUUAUGGCGUUCGUUUUACACCAUUAGAGACUUUUGACCACAUUAAAUUCGAAGUACGAGGAAAUUCAAUUAAUUCAAAAAGAUACUUAGGUGCAUUUACUUUUGAAAUUGAUGUACAAAGUUCCACAAUAUCGGUUCAAAACACUAGUCUGGCUAAAUACAAAUCGAACCUUAAUGUAACAGUUUUUGAAUUACAACGAAAUGGUACAAUCAAAUGGCAGAUCGUUCAUCAAGAUCAAGUAAACAAGGAAUGUAAACUUGAUAUUGACUUACGUUACUCUAUGAAAGAAGAUCGUUUUGAUUCAAAUUUAAUCCUAUCACUUGGAGAAGUUGACAAGUUAGGUGUGAUUACCUUCGAAUUAUUAGGUAUUCGUAGCGAAGAACAAGAACGCAUCUUAAAAGAACGCAAAAUUACUUACAACGAAUGUCGACCAGAAAUUAUAAAAGGAAAAUACUUAGCUCCUGUUCCAGUUGAAUGUGCGAUUGCGCAUUCAAAUUUAAACAGAUAUGCGGUUAAUAUUUCUGCCAAUGAUGUCGAAAACAGAAUGGAAUUAGAUGUAACAAUUGAUACACCACGUUAUCAGGAAGUUUACACAGGAAUUCCACAAAACCGAAUGAGCGCAUGGAGUUUAGAUGAUAUUUCAUUGGCCAACAUUUUCUUCUCUGGUUCUAAAUUCGAUAUUCAACAUGUACUUUCAAGUGCAUUGGUACAUUGUGUUAUUUCUAAAGAACAUGUUUUAACGUUAAAUGGCAAUAUUCAAAAGUAUGAAUUGAAAAAUAAAUGGACUUCAUAUCUCAACACAAGUAUAAAUGAAGUUGUUCUUACUGUUUUCGUUUCAAAAGGCAGUGUUAAAGAACCACUGCAACUGGCAAUUAAAGUAAGAGUUGGUACCGAUCAAAUUAAAAUCAUUCCAAAAGGGCACGAAUUCGUAAUUAAAGUGAAUAAAAAAGUGGUUGUGCCAGUUGUCGGGAAAUACACAGAAGAACUUGUGUGGAGUUAUUUAAUGAUUGAAUCACAAAAAAUGAUCAUGUUCUCUAUUAGAAUGUUUGGUCUUCAUGUAAUCUACGAUGGUAAAACAAUACGCGCAAUGAUUUCAUCAGAUAAAGGAGCUGUUCUGGUAAAUAACGAUAAAAAGUAA